ACUCCCAAACUCACCCGACCCGUCCCCGGCCGGAUAUAAAAUCCCCACCGCGCUUCCAUCAAAUCAGAUCAACCAAAAUCUCUCAACUCAACACUCCCCAAUCCCACAGCCACACAAGCCACCUACCACCGCUCGACCGAUCGACGAUCGAUGGAGGUCCUCCUCCUGGAGAAGGCCCUGCUGGGGCUCUUCGCGGCGGCGGUGCUGGCCAUCGCCGUCGCGAAGCUCACCGGCAAGCGCUUCCGCCUCCCGCCCGGCCCCUCCGGCGCCCCCAUCGUCGGCAACUGGCUCCAGGUCGGCGACGACCUGAACCACCGCAACCUGAUGGGCAUCGCGAAGCGGUUCGGGGAGGUGUUCCUGCUCCGCAUGGGCAUCCGCAACCUGGUGGUGGUGUCCAGCCCGGAGCUGGCCAAGGAGGUGCUCCACACGCAGGGCGUGGAGUUCGGCUCCCGCACCCGCAACGUCGUCUUCGACAUCUUCACCGGCAACGGCCAGGACAUGGUCUUCACCGUCUACGGCGACCACUGGCGCAAGAUGCGCCGGAUCAUGACCGUGCCCUUCUUCACCAACAAGGUGGUGGCGCAGAACCGGGUGGGAUGGGAGGAGGAGGCCCGGCUCGUGGUGGAGGACGUCAAGGCCGACCCGGCGUCCGCCACCGCCGGCACCGUGAUCCGCCGAAGGCUGCAGCUCAUGAUGUACAACGACAUGUUCCGCAUCAUGUUCGACCGCAGGUUCGAGUCCGUCGACGACCCGCUCUUCAACAAGCUCAAGGCCAUGAACGCAGAGCGCAGCAUCCUCUCGCAGAGCUUCGACUACAACUACGGCGACUUCAUCCCCAUCCUCCGCCCGUUCCUUCGCAAGUACCUCAACCGCUGCACCAACCUCAAGACCAAGAGGAUGAAGCUAUUCGAGGACCACUUCGUCGCUGACCGCAAGAAGGCGCUGGAGCAGAAUGGGGAGAUCAGGUGCGCCAUGGAUCACAUCCUGGAGGCCGAGAGGAAGGGCGAGAUCAACCACGACAACGUCCUCUACAUCGUCGAGAACAUCAACGUCGCUGCCAUCGAGACAACCCUGUGGUCGAUCGAGUGGGGCAUCGCCGAGCUGGUGAACCACGCGGACGUCCAGUCAAAGCUCCGCGACGAGAUGGCCGCCGUGCUGGGCCCCAACGUGGCGGUGACGGAGCCGGACCUCGAGCGCCUCCCCUACCUGCAGUCCGUCGUGAAGGAGACCCUCCGCCUCCGCAUGGCCAUCCCGCUGCUCGUGCCGCACAUGAACCUUAGCGACGCCAAGCUCGCCGGCUACGACAUCCCAGCCGAGUCCAAGAUCCUCGUCAACGCAUGGUUCCUCGCCAACGACCCCAAGCGGUGGGUGCGCGCCGAUGAGUUCAGGCCGGAGCGCUUCCUCGAGGAGGAGAAGGCCGUCGAGGCCCACGGCAACGACUUCCGCUUCGUGCCCUUCGGCGUCGGCCGCCGGAGCUGCCCCGGGAUCGUCCUCGCGCUGCCCAUCAUUGGCAUCACGCUCGGACGCCUCGUGCAGAACUUCCAGCUGCUGCCGCCGCCCGGGCAGGACAAGAUCGACACCACCGAGAAGCCCGGACAGUUCAGCAACCAGAUCCUCAAGCACGCCACCGUCGUCUGCAAGCCGCUCGAGGCCUAGAAUUUUUCUCUUUGAUCAUAUGGAGGCUUCUGACAUGCGUUGUCUGUGCAUGCAUGCGUGAACGCUGGUGCCGAGAGAUCGAUCUAUGCACGCAUGUGAUGUGUAUUUUCCUUUUUUUGUGCUUUUAUUUUACUUAGUUGCAUUUUUGUUGGUCUUCAUGUGAGGCGUCAUGUUGUAGAUUUACUAUGUUGGUGAUAAUGAUGUAAAACUUCUUCACUGCGAAGUGAGACGAUUACUCAUCAGUACACACACUCAGAUGGCACUACAAAA